AUGAACUCGACUUCGCCUCUGUUGUCCUCCAGUGAGGCGUCCACAUCCUACAGCAGCCUGAUCGAAUUCCCUCCUCUGAUUCUCGAUAAUGGUCGGAGGCGAAGAGGGACAAAAAAGAGUUUGCGAGCCAAGAUACAGAUUCCUCUACUAUGCUACGCACGUUUCAUGGUGACGAUGGCAUACUUCUCCAUCUUCCCAUACGUAGCUCUGAUGAUACAGCACAAUAGCAGUUCACGGGCCACUGAUAUCGGAACUUACGUCGGCUUCUUUGAAGUACUAUUCCUGGCUGCGCAGGCUCUGACAUCGAUCUUCUGGGUCACCAUGGCAGACAAGCUUGGUGACAAGACGAUACUUAUCUGCGUUCUUCUUGGCACGACUAUCGGCUCGGUCAUCUUCGGCUUUACUUCGUCACUUUGGCAAAUGGCACUCUGUCGAUGCUUCAUGGGAAUAGUAUCAGGGAGUGACGUCGUCAUCCGCGUUAUGAUCGGGAAACGGUGCAUGACGGAGACAGAGGCUACUCAUGGAUUCAGCCUAUCUUCCUUUGCCGGAAAUAUCGGAAUGGCCUCUGGACUUGUUAUUGGCCAUGCUCUUGCAAAUCAUGUCAGCCACUCCUCGAUCAUGCUCAAAACUAGCCCUUUUAUUGAGCAACAUCCAUUUUGUCUUCCGGGAAUCACCGUUGGAAUUAUGAGUGCAGCUUGCGCCAUUAUCGCUGCACUGUUCGUGGAGGAUUCCCAACGUGACGCCGACGAGUCCGACGAUGAUACCGCAUCUACGAGCUCAUUACAACCAUCCUGGGCAUCUCUUAGGGAGCUGAUCGAGUCUCGUGGUGCCAGUAGAACAAUUUCGACGUUUAUCAAUAUAAGCCUCCUUGGUUCUGCUUUCACGGCCGUGACAAUCCUCGCACUAUACACAGACAUCAGCCAAGGCGGCCUGGAAUUGUCAGGUCACGAAAUUACGCUCUUUAUACCAACACUAUAG